AUGGCCUGGAUGAACUCGCUGUAUAGUAGUAUGAAGGCAAUGUUUUCUACAUUGCCGUCGGCACCGCAGAACAAUCCACAGGAAGAUAAAAGUCGCGAGAAGAGAGCACAGUUGACUGUUACUGCGAAUCCUUUCGCGCCGAUCGAAGAGGUUGAUUUCAUCAAGAUCGUGGAUGAUACAACCAUACAUGAUCAAGUCAAAAGUCAACGCAAGGGAGCGAUGGCUCGCAAAAUUCUCUGCUCAGCGUUGUGUAAAAAAGCGGACAAGGGUUCGACAGUCACACUGGCAUCCACAUCGCUAUCAACCACGCUGGACCUGUCGUCUUGCACGACUCGCUACAAGCGUGAAUUCCACGAGCUGAGCUUGAUCGGCAGCGGCACGUUCGGUUCCGUCUAUCGUUGCAUCAAUCGUCUCGACGGUCGCGUCUACGCAGUGAAACGCAGCCGACUUUUGGCCGGAAGCAAGUACGCCCAGAGACGAGCGAAGAACGAGGUCCACGCCAAUGCCGUGCUCAACAAUCAUCCGAAUGUCGUGAGGUAUUAUUCGGCCUGGAUCGAGGACAACAGGAUGAAUAUUCUGCAGGAGUACUGCACCGGCGGUGAUCUGGCAGCUUUGAUCAAGACUGUGAGCGACGACGAGAGAUGGUUCACGGAGGAAGAGGUCUAUCGGAUUUUGCUGGAUAUUGCCAAGGGCUUGCAGUACGUUCACGGCAACAAACUAGCUCAUAUGGAUAUCAAACCCGAGAACAUCUUCAUUUCGAGAGAACGAGUCUGGACGCCAAGACGACAACUGACCUGCGAGCGGAGUGGCGCGUUCAUCAGGGACUACUUUUUCGAGGAACAAGUCGUCUACAAGAUCGGCGACUUUAGCCACGUUGCCUCGAUUAUCGACACUACGGAAAUUGACGACGAAGGUGACUGCAGAUACUUGUGCAGAGAAGUGAUGCGCGAGGAUUACACCGAUCUGGCGAAGGCGGACAUGUUCGCUCUUGGAUUAACCAUUUACGAAGUUGCUGGCGGUGGCCCACUCCCGAAGAACGGACCCAAAUGGCAAGCGAUACGUGACGGUGACCUUAGCAUAUUGUCGCGUUACAACGAUAAAUUCAACCAGUUGAUAAGAGCCAUGGCGAGCGUCGAUCCAUCCCAGAGGCCGUCUGCUGCUGAUGUCGUGAAUGAGUGUUUGUAUACGGAGAGAUGA